AUGUCGGAGAUCUUCCUGAUCAAGAACCGGCUCCACCAGCAGCAACUUCGGUUGGUAGAGAAAGCGCAGAAGAACAGCCAUGAUGGUGAUUCGGUUGGUGGUGCCAACAUCGUGGAUGGAACGGUUGGUGCGAGUGAGAACAGUGAGGUUGGAACGAGUGAGCGCAAACAUGACAAUGCGGCCUCAUUAUCUGGCCCACCAAGGGGGUUCGUCGGUUCAGCUCGAUCGUCCACCGAAAUCAUUAUCCAGUGGAAACCAUCGCUCGAGGAGCUCCGAAAUGGGCAGAUUCUUGGCUACAUCAUCCGUUACCGGUUGUUCGGAUACAAUGCGAGUCCCUGGAAUUACCGUAAUAUCACAAACGAAGCUCAGCGCAACUACCUGAUUCAGGAGCUGAUCACGUGGAACGACUACGUGAUCCAGAUCGUGGUUUACAACAACAUGGGCGGUAACAACAACAGCACCGCAGAUCUCACUCUCUGUCGCGAGAAUGAGGGCUCUUGGGCGCUUAUCCCGGAGCGUGUGGAUCCUGCGGUCACGGCAUAUAUCGCAAGUGGCUUGAAACCGCAUACGCACUAUCAGUUCCGGAUACAGGCUACGAACGAUCUGGGGCCUUCUAGCUACAGCCGACUUGAGGUGGUGCCCAUUACAACUACGAGCGUGCGCGUCCAGUGGACGGCUCUACGAGCUGCGGCCUGGAAUGGAGACGCCGACAUCGGUGGCUACCGGAUCCUGUACCAACCACUAUCUGACUUCCCAUCAGCGCUCCAGAGUACACCCAAGCUGGACGUUCUCGGGGUCCAGCAGGUGUCGGCUGUGUUGGCCGAUCUCACACAGGAUCGCAACUACGAGCAACCGUUCAACUCGCAGGGUUCAGGACCACCAUCACAACCGGUCGCGGUAUACAACACGCAGAAUGGUGAGUUGCUUGGGUACAAGAUCUUCUACCUUGUGACGGACUCGUCCGCGCAGGAUGUUGAACCGAUUCCGGUUUGGGAUGGAGCUGGUGGUGUAUCGGCACGAUCGGCACCUAUUACGGUUAAGACGCUGGCCGGUUUGCCUGGACCACCGACGCAGCUGUUGUUCAGUGACAUCACCAUGAACAUUCUUACCGUGAGCGGGGACGUGCCACAAAAGCGUAAUGGACUUAUCCUGGGCAACAUCGUUGCUUACGAAACAACCGAGGACAAUGAGAAAUUCAGCAAACAGGUGAAGCAGAAAGUAACCGGCACGAGCCUGCUAGUGCAAAACCUCGAAGAAGUGGUGACAUACACGUUCACGGUUCGCUUACAAACCAUCGACUAUGGUCCAGCGAUCAAUGGCAACGUGACGACCGGACCACAGGAUGGAUUACUUGGUUCUCCGCGUGAGUUGACCAUCAGCAAGUCGCAAGCCAGCGUGCAGAUGCACUGGAUCAACGGCCAAUCCGGCAAGGGUCCUAUCUUGGGCUACUACAUUGAGACGAAAAAGCGCGACGAUCUGCGCUGGGAGACGGUGGCACGAACGACGAAUGGGCCAUUGCAGGAGUUCACCGUUAGCUUUCAGAAUCUGUUGCCUUCAACGGCGUACAAAUUCCGUGUCAUCUCGUACAACCGGUACGGCAUCAGCUGUCCGGUGUACUCGGAGGACGCAGUGCUAACACCGUCGAAGCUCUACCUCGAGUAUGGCUUCCUGCAAUUGAAGCCAUUCUACCGACAAACGUGGUUUAUGGUAGCCCUCGCGGCGACAUCCAUCGUAAUCGUCAUCAUGGUCGUCGCCGUGCUGUGCGUUAAGAGCAAGAGCUAUAAGUACAAGCAAGAAGUUCAGAAAACACUCGAGGAGUCGAUAGCGAUGUCGAUUGACGAGCGGCAAGAGUUGGCAUUGGAGCUGUACCGAUCCCGCCACGGAACAUCCGCAAACGGUAGCGUACUGCAAGGUGCCUCAGAGAGCGAAAACGAGAGCGUCCGGUCAGAUCCGCACUCGUUCGUCAACCACUACGUGAACAACGAUCUGCUGCGGCAAUCCUGGAAGCGUAAGAAACCGGUCCGCAACUAUUCCAGUUACACCGAUUCGGACCCCGAAGGGUCAGCUGUUAUGAGCCUCAACGGGGGGCAGAUUAUUAUGAACAAUAUGGCACGCUCGAGGGCACCAUUACCGGGUUUUAGCUCGUUCGUGUGA